GGGGCUCGUCCGCACCCACCCCAUCCCAGCUUUUUCCCUUUUGAAAACACUAAGAAUAAUGUCCUUACAUCAGUUUUUACUAGAGCCAAUCACCUGCCAUGCUUGGAACAGAGACCAUACUCAGAUUGCCCUUAGCCCUAAUAAUCAUGAAGUCCACAUUUACAAAAAGAAUGGGAACCAGUGGGUGAAAGCCCAUGAACUAAAGGAACACAAUGGACACAUCACAGGUAUUGACUGGGCUCCCAAGAGCGAUCGAAUUGUAACUUGUGGUGCAGAUCGUAAUGCAUAUGUCUGGAGUCAGAAAGAUGGCAUUUGGAAACCAACCCUGGUGAUCCUGAGGAUUAAUCAUGCAGCUACCUUUGUGAAAUUGUCUCCCUUGGAGAAUAAAUUUGCUGUAGGUAGCGGAGCUCGACUGAUUUCCAUGUGCUACUUUGAGUCUGAAAAUGACUGAUGGGUGAGCAAACACAUAAAAAAGCCAAUUCGUUCUACUGUCCUUAGUUUGGACUGGCACCCCAACAAUGUUUUGCUGGCUGCUGGAUCUUGUGACUUCAAAUGCAGAGUUUUUUCUGCCAUUAAAGAAGUUGAUGAAAAGCCAGCCAGUACUCCAUGGGGUACCAAGAUGCCUUUUGGUCAGCUGAUGUCAGAGUUUGGUGGCACCGGAAGUGGUGGUUGGGUCCAUGGCGUUAGUUUCUCUGCCAGUGGGAACCCCCUUGCUUGGGUCAGUCAUGAUAGUACUGUAUCAGUUGCCGAUGCCUCCAAAAACAUGAUGAUUUCACAGCUGAAAACAGAGUUCCUCCCACUCCUGAGUGUGUCGUUUGUCUCGGAGAAUAGCGUGGUGGCUGCUGGCCAUGACUGCUGCCCAAUGCUGUUUAAUUAUGAUGAUCGUGGCUCCUUGACCUUCGUCUCCAAAUUAGACAUUCCAAAACAGAGCAUCCAGCGCAACAUUUCUGCCAUGGAACGCUUCCGCAACAUGGACAAGAGAGCCACAACUGAGGAUCGCAACACUGCUCUAGACACACUACACCAAAACAGUAUCACCCAAGUGUCUAUUUAUGAAGUGGACAAGCAAGACUGCCACAAAUUUUGCACCACUGGCAUUGAUGGAGCAAUGACAAUUUGGGAUUUCAAGACUUUAGAGUCUUCCAUCCAGGGGCUACGGAUUAUGUGAAGCUGUAUUUCCAUUCUCUAGCAUGACAGACACUUGACAGAAUGCAGCUCCAGCAUUUGCAUGAAGACGGAAAAGACCCUACCACAAGUCAAAACUGAG